UCCUACCAAAGUCUUGGAAAAGGUACUCAUUAAUUCACACACCCCUCACCAUUUCUCUCAAUUUCCGUGUGUUGACUUUCUUGUUCACUGUAUAAAAUUUUGCACAAAUUUCAUUAUCAACAUUCACAAAUUUGAUUUCUCAAUCCAAUUCACCUCAAUUCUCUAGCAAAAAUACUCAACUUUUUGGUUCCUAUUCUUUCAUUACUACAAUCUAUAGAAAAUCACAUUCAUAUCUUACAUUACAUUAAUCCUUAUUAUAUGGAUGAAAUUCAUGUUCCUUCUCAUUUUCUCUGCCCAAUUUCCCUCCAACUUAUGAAAGAUCCUGUUACUCUUUCCACAGGAAUUAGCUACGACAGAGAAAACAUAGAAAAAUGGUUAUGUUCAUUCCAAAACAAAACUUGUCCUGUUACAAAAUCAUCUUUAUUAGAAACCGAUCUUAAUAAUCUUACACCAAACCACACUCUUCGUCGUUUGAUUCAAUCUUGGUGUACCCUUAAUGCUUCAUUUGGUGUUGAACGUAUUCCAACACCAAAAUCACCAAUAGACAGAACACAAAUUCUUAAACUCAUCAAUGAAGCAAAGAAAUUCCCAGAAAAACAACAUAGUUGUCUUGUUAAGCUUCGUUCGAUUGUUUUCGAAAGCGAUAGGAACAAAAAAUGUUUGGAAUCUGCAGGUGCAAUGGAUUUUUUAGCUUUAACAAUGAAGAACAAUUCAAAUUCAAGUUCUUUGAGUGAAGCUGCUAUUGAAAUUCUGUUUCAUCUUAACCCUUCUGAAGUUCAUAUCAAGAGUUUGAUAAACAAUGAAAGCAUUCAAUUUAUUGAAUCAUUGUUUCAUGUUUUGAAGCAUGGAAGCUAUCAAUCUAGAGGCUAUGCAACAAUGCUAUUGAAAUCGGCAUUUGAAGUAUCGGAUCCGAUUCAAUUAAUCAGCGUAAAAAAAGCGCUUUUCGAAGAAUUAAUGAGAGUACUAAUUGAUAAGAUUUCACAACAAGCUUCAAAAGCAGCAUUGAAGUUAAUUGUGGAGCUUUUACCGUGGGGGCGAAACCGAAUUAAAGCGGUUGAAGGUGGCGCGGUUUUAAUCCUUAUCGAGCUUCUUUUCGAUGUUUCGGAAAGAAGGGCAUGCGAAUUGAUUUUGACAGGUUUGGAUCAACUAUGUGGUUGCGCCGAAGGGCGUGCGGAGUUGUUAAAUCAUGGUGCAGGUGUUGCUAUUGUGUCAAAGAAAAUUUUGAGGGUUUCUCAUGUUGCAAGUGAUAGAGGAGUUAGAAUUUUGAGUUCAAUUUGUAGAUAUUCAGCAAAUUCUAGAGUUUUACAUGAAAUGUUGCAAGUUGGAGCUGUUUCAAAGUUGUGUUUGGUUCUUCAAGUUGAUAGCAAUUUUAAGACUAAAGAAAAAGCUAAGGAGAUUCUCAAAUUGCAUUCUUCUGUUUGGAAAAAUUCUACAUGUAUUCCUGUUCCUUUGUUAUCUUCUUAUCCAUGAUCAUGAUAGGAAACAGAUUUCCUGCUAUAAUUGCGUCAACGCAGUUACAGCA